AUGGGCAAAACAAGCACCACCGGUAGCCCAUUCACGAAUGGGACAGGACAGCGGCCCGAGACGAAGAAUUGCCCCACGGCAGCUGGGUUCCCGAAGUUUGCCGACCUGCCACAAGAGAUUCGCGACAUGAUCUGGAGAAAGGCUCUGCCUGAGCCUCGGACCAUCAACGUCCUGGUGUACGCGUUCCCGGGCCUGAAGCUGGCGCCCCUCGACCGCGGAACGCUCAGGCUGACGCUGGCAGGGGUUUGCUUCGAGUCUAGGCGGGUGGUAAGGGAAUCCGGCUACGUCUUGGCUUUUCGCGAUGAAGAUGACCCGAAUGAUCCGGGUGUUUGGUUCAACCCAAGAAGGGAUACUCUGGAGCGGACUCUUUGGGGGCCCGGGGAGAACUGGGGACUAAGGUGA